AACUUGCGCAUUUGCAAAAUUAGCAAAAUCUACAAAAGUUGAAGAAGUAUCUAUCGCCGAAUAUGCAUCUGCAAAAGAAUACUAUGAUUAUUUAUUAAGAUUUACAUAAAUAAAUAAGAAUGGCUAUUAGUAAUUUAACCAAAAUUAAUUCGCAUAAUUAUUAAAUUUAAUAAAAACUCCCGAAGACGUAUAAGAAGUAAAAUAAGCCUAUUAUAAUUUUGUAGGAAACAAAGAAAAAAUCAUCAACAAAUAAAUAGACUAAUUCAUUCGAAAAGCCAUGCAAGUUAAUAAAUCUGAAUUAUUGCAUGAAAUAUUAUACAAUCAUAAUUUCCUUAUGUAUUAUCCUACAACAUCUCUAUUAUAUGAACUUACAUAGCAUUAUUAAUCUACCCAAAACAAUGACGCAAUCACUGAUUUAGCUAAAAUUUUCUCCUGUACCUAUUUCUUGAAAAUAGAUUCUUAGAUUUUGGAUACUUUAUCUUCUUAUGCUGUUUAACAAAAGCUUAAUUAAGUCAUUUUCUAUGUUGCAAGAGCUGCUUUAAUUAGAGAUCUUGUCAGCAUUAAUGAAAAUACAAUAAAUAAUAUACUUGUUGGAUUCGCAAGAAGUCUACAAGAACCUUCAGAAGAUUAGAAAAUCGAAAAAAAUAUUAACAAAUUCUUAGGUUUUAUUAAAAAAUGUUAUGUUGGUCAUAAUUGUAUAAAUGGAAAAGCUUAUUUACAUUUAGCAAAAAAAGAAAUCGAUGAAUGUUUUAUAGAAUUGGCUAAUUAUAAUUUAAUUUAAAAUACUAAUGCUAUUAAUAUUAUUUAAUAUGAUAAUAUUAUGGAAGAAUUUUUGAAUGUUUUAGAAAAUUAACUUAAGGAAAAUCCAAAUGAAAAACAUAUCUAAAGAUUAGAAAAGGUUUACAAAGAUAUCAAAAUUAAAUUAGGAGAUUAAGCUAUUUAAAAAGAAGCAUAAGAAAAGUUUGAAUAAAUUAUUUCUUCUAAAUAAUAAUGA